UAACUACAAACCAUAACUUUUUCUCUCCAAACCAUCACUGAUUGGUGGAAACUUCACACUAGACCUCGAGCAGCUUGGACUGUGUGUCUCUCCACUCUUCCUCCAGACUCUGAUCCCUUGAUUUCCUUUAAAUGAAAUGUAAAAUGUACUGAUGAUCAGUGAUGGUUUGGAGAGUCAUGUCUGUCAUCUGCUGGUGUUGAUCCACUGUGUUUUAUUAUCAAGUCUAAAGUCUGCUGACUUUUCACUUUUAUUGAGAUGCGGAUUUCAUUUUUCAGCAGGAUCUGGCACACUGCCCACCCACACUGCCAAUAGUACCAAUUGGUCUUAUAUAAUAUUAAAAUUGACACUAAUUUUUGGGUUUUCAAAGAAAUAAACCCCAAAAAAGGAAAGGAAACAGUGCUGAAGUGUACUGGUGUAAAAUUCAGUAAAAGAAGCGUUAGUUAUGUAAAUAAGGCAGGAUUAUUCUCUGUACGUAUGCAGUUUAGUGCUGUAACUUCCAGUAAGAACCAAUAACAAGAUCUGGGCUGGUACCAGUUUCUCCUACCAACAGCAUGAACAGGAAGGAGCAUCACACAAACGCUUGAAGCUCAAGUGAUGAUUUCCAUCAGCGAUGGACCUUCAGUGCUUUAUAAUACAUAUUUUGGUCAUGAUAACGAUAUCAGUGUCUCCAACAACAGUAGGACAUGAUGAUUUCCGUCCAGCAGACAUUUACAUCAACAGCAGCAGCGGCACUGUUAAAGUAGGAGAAAGCAUAACGAUAAAGUGUGCCAUCUUUCAGCACAAUCAUUCCAAUGAGGAGAUUAAUAUGUACCUGUGUAAAAAUGGUGUUGGAGUGGAGAUGGGGCCGAUUGGACAGAAAGGAGAUUAUGUCUUUAUUAAAAAGAACGUUUCAGAACUGGACUCUGGAAACUACAGCUGUGUUUACUCCUCAAAAAAAUCUCCUGCGUCGAAUGUGAGUGCACCCGGACAAAAGACCAUCCAUCUUCAAGUCUCCUCUGAACCUGCUGGUUCUGUUCAGUCAAAUUAUACGAAGUUCCUGCUGUUCUCUCUCGGUUCUCUGCUCCUGAUUGGUUCGCUGGUUUUGGGAACAUGUUGUACACGGAGAUCCUGUAACAAGCCCAAAAACCGAGGAGAGAGGAAUGAUAGAAAAGAUCAGCUGAUCAGCUGUGAAAAAGUGCAGGAUAAUACUGGCCAGUUUAAAGGUUCUGUGCCAGUGCAUCAGGCAGGAAAAAGGACUGAGAACAAUGAUGAGAUGUAUGCAUACGCCACAAUUCCAGACAUCACAGUUGACCCAGUGCCAUCCACCUCUGAUGCUGAGCUUCCUGUGUACAGUCUCGCUCAAAACAGUGCCAUAUACAGCACAGCUCGAAAACCUGAAAGACUUUCCUACAUGGAGACUAAACAAACUGCAGCUAUCUAUGGAAAAGUCCAGAAAAAAGGAAAAGGCUAAUUAUGAAUUGUUAUCAUGUGUGAAUAAUCAGUGUUAAUCAUUACAGUUUUUUACACUUUACAAUAAUACAUUACAUUAAUACAUUAAUUAACAGUACUCACGACAUAAAGUCUAGACUAAUAAUUAAUUACCACUAAUUAAGAAGCUAUUCAUUAUUUUUUAAACUAAACAAAUAUUUUUUUUAACUAUUGUCAAUUAAUAAAUAGUUGAUACAAGAAUUUUAACCAAGUUAAUAUCUGUGGUCUUACUGUAAAGCCAUUUUUUGUAAAAGGUUCAGAAAAGUAAAGUUUUUAAUUAUCUUUUGUAUGUAUUGUAGAAAACUGCAGUAGUUUUUACAGUAAAUUGCAGUAAACUGUGAUAUAUGUACAGAGAUUUAUACUGUGAGAAACUGGAACUACUGGAUGUUGCUGUAAAUAAAAGUGAAAUAUUAUAUUUUUGGAAAUGUAUUUAAUUCACUCUACUCAGCUGCACAGUUACUGCCAUCUAUGGGCAAUUAAAGUUUUACCAUUAAAUAAAGUAUAAAAUCUGUUUUAUGUUUUAUUGUGAGAAUACAAAUGCCAUAUUAAAUAAUAAUAAUAAUAAUCCAGCCAGCUUUAUGUGUUAUAAUUUAAUAUAACUUACUUUAA